AUUGUCUUCUUGCAUUUUGCGACUCUCUGUCGAAGCUGUUGAACUGUGGUGUGGGGUUUGUCCAACGCGCUAUGGUUCAGGAUUGUGAUAGCUGUGUCGGGGAAAGCAUGUUGGUGAAGUAGAGGGUUGGUGCCGUGAUUGAAGAAGGCUAGUUUGUGAGGGGGUGGGUCGGCGAAAUGGCGGUGGUGGUAAGUGGUCAGUUAGUGCCGUAUGAGGAAACUCGGAAGCGGAGGGUAGAGGAGAAUAAGAGGCGGAUGGAGGAGCUUGGGUUGUUUGACUUCUCGAACAGUUUUGUGAAGAAUCAGCCCAUGAGGAGGAAGUCGGUCAGGCGGAAGACGCUCUCACCGGAGGAGGUCGCCACGGAGGCGCGGCGAUCCCCACGAUUUGCUGGGAAGCCUGUGGUGGAACACGAAGAUGUUGAGAUCCACAAACAACGACGAGGCUUAUCGCGAUCAGGACUGCAUGCGCGGUGUGGAACAGUAUACAGGCAGCUCGCGGGUCGUCGGGAUGUGCCUGAAUCUACUCGACAGGCGGCCUUGGAUGCAGCAGAGGUGGUUUACAAGGCCUUAAAGAAUCCUGGCUUUGUGAGGGGCAUGUUGCAUUCACACACCGCCAGUGGCUUUUGGUUGGGACUUCCUGUCAGCUUUUGCAGAGAGUAUUUGCCGCAUCGUGAUGAGACGAUUGUUUUAGAAGAUGAGAAACUUUUAGAAUGGGAGUGUGUGUAUCUUGCCAAAAAGAUAGGUCUAAGCGGUGGCUGGCGCGGAUUUUCGAUUGACCACUCGCUCGUAGAUGGGGAUGCCUGUGUAUUUGAGCUUGUGGAACCUAAGCGGUUUAAGAUACACAUUUUCCGCUGCGAUAACUGUGAGGGAAGCGAGGUAGAAGACGGGAGUGUCGGUGGGAAUGUUUCGGACAGCGAUGCGUUGCCGAAGAACAAGGUCAGCGAGGACGGCGACAACAACUCUCCUGUCGCAGCAACGUCGAGCGAACCUCGUCCUCGGAAGCUCGAUGAAGAAUACGGAGAAGAAACUGACGCUUCCACGGAAGCUUGCAAGAGUUUGAAAAGGGAGGCUGGUGCAGAUGUGGCUCAUUCACUAAGGUCAUCUAAGCACAGACGCGUGAAAGAGGAGAACAAUGACAGUACCUAUUCUAUAGCUACCCGGAGUACGAGGUCUAAGCGAAAGAAUGAUGACAAUGCCAAUGGAAUAGUCGUCGAGAUUGUUGGCGCUUGUGCAGACGAAGACUAUGUUAAAGAUGCCCGGAAACCUGCUGCCCAAAAUAAGACCCAUCAAACAGAGAUUCUAUCAUUUGGUAGAAUCACCAGAAACUCUACAGCAAGGUCGUUGAAGAAAUGAAAGCAGAGUGCCUCCAGGCUCUGCCUAUGCCUAUGUAAAGAGGAGCUUUGUCAGUCUCGACCUCUAGAGCUCCUACUCUUCACUUCGAGUGAUGUGUCAAACGAUGAUAUUUGUCAAUCCUGAUCAAUCCAGUUUGUCAAUUCUGAUUACAAUCCCAAAUGAAGGAGCUUGUGAAGAAUUGAAGCCGGACCGGGGCUAAGAAAGUCUAUAUUCAUGUAUAGAGCGAAACAGAACGGACCCUAAUGAUUCGCAGCAUGGAAUUGAAGACCAGACUGUCCUGCAUCUUCCAGGUUUUGAUCCCUUUCCAAUUAGGGGCCCUGCCGAUGAAGAGUUUCUGCUGUCAUUGUAUAUUCAGGAUUUUACUAGUGCCUGCUACUGCAAUGAACGUCAAGUCUCUCACAGCUUUUAGUCCCUUCAGUACUACUUCCAAUUCUCUUUUGAAAGAGUUCAGAGUGUAGUGAAAAGAAUUUGUACAGAAGUGCGAAAUCUUUACAGUUUUGGUUUUCUUUUUAUACAUGCGCUGCUUUGCAUUUAAAGAUUUUGUCAUACUUCGAUUGAUUGUGUUUGUUAUAUAGGAAGGUUUUGUAAAAUUAAACUAUAAUUAUGUUUCACUACAGCGAUUUUUCAAAAAUUUCCAUAAACUAUUGCAAUGAUUGUUGCAGUAUUUUGUACCUAACUUCCAAACCUAUAAGUUUUUAAUA